CUACGUGUGCAAUGCCGUUGUGUGGCCCGGAGUGGGUCACUUAAUCCUCCCGGUCUUGAUGCCUGCUGUAGGGUGGAGUAAGCGGAAACAGCCAUGUACAGGCGCGCCUGCCGCAGCGGCUGGCGCGCCCCUUCGCACGUUUCGCCUGCCGCCACCUGCCGCGUGGUUUCAAUGGUGGGGCGUGACGUUCGGCCACGUGUGGCGACCCUGCUCCUGCUGCUGGCUGCCGCCGUCGUCAUCCCAGGUGUGGCAGCCCAGGGAAACAGUGGCGACAACAACGGCAAUGGCAACGGCAAUGGCAACGGUAACGGUAACACGACGAGCGGCGGCGGCACCACAACUGCCCCUGGCCAGCUCCGGAAGCUUCAGGGCCAGCUGGUGUUUGUGGAUUACCAUGACGGCGGCGAAGGUGAGUAUGCGCUCCAGUUGGUGGGUGGCGGCACUGACGACACCCAGCAGCCGCAAAGCCCCGGCAACAGCGGCGGUGCCGCCAGCAGCAACAGCAAUGGCGCCGGCGGCGGCCCGCCCCGGCAGUACUUUAAGCUGGGCGGGCGGCAGAAGGUGCCGCGGCGCGACAAGAAUGGACAGGACGUCGAAGUGGGGCAGAUCCUCACCAUCGCCUGUACCGUGGACCCCACCUCCGGGCAGUGCUCCUCCCUGGCGCCCAAUGAUGUGUCCUAUUUGGGCACCGCCGCGCCGCCGCCCGCCGUCGCCGUACACCAGCGGGUGCUGGUGCUGAUCCUGGACGCGCCCGCCUGCGGCAUGCCGGCGCCCGCCUCGGUGCCCUCCGUCAAGUCCGUGUACAUGGGCCCCGCGUUCGACGGGAAGGGCGGCCUAGCCAUCCGCAUUGAGAACUGCAGCUACGGCGAGCUGACCUGGAACGCCACCGCUUUCACCGUCCUCACUGUGACCCUGCCCACCUGCACCUGGGACACGACUACAUGCGACCCGUUCGGCAUGGCCAACGCCGCCCGCACCGCCGCCUACAACCUGCUGGGGCCCGCGGCGUACGGCGUGUUCACGAACUUCCACCUCAUCCUGAGCACCGGCCUGUGCGGCUGGGCGGGGCUGGCAACGCUGGGAGGAGACCAGGUUUGGCUGCAGGCGCAGUACGUGUCCUACUGGCCUGUGACGCUGCAGGAGACCGUCCACAACUUCUUCCUGUACCACUCCUACCGCGCCAACAUCGAGUAUCAGGACACCUCCACCUUCAUGGGUCGCGGCACCGCCUGCCCCAACUCACCCGAGCUGGCGCUGCUGGGCUGGGCCUCGCCGGCCGGGGCAGGCGGCGCACUCAACGCCGCCAGCAUACCCGCCGGGGCGCCGGGCGUCGUGCUGCCGCGGUUUCAGCUGCCUGCCACGUCGCUGACGGGACGCGGCGCGUAUGUGCGGGUGCUGCCCAACUGGCAGGGGUCCUACAGCAACGCCGCGGCCGCACACAACCUGUACCUGGAGGCGCGGGUGCCGCUCGGAGGCGAUGCGCAGAUGUCGGGCGAGUUGCAGUACAAGCUGCUGGUGCACGAGGUCAAUGCCACAAUGGACAACAACCUGCAGCUGUACCGCAACUACAACCGCCGCAUCAACUACCUGUCGUCGUUCUCCGCCUCCAAUCGCUCCGUCAUCCCCUCUUACCAACUGGUGAUCUACUCAUCCAACUGGACAGGCUCCCAGGGCGCUAUCCUCCCCAUCGCUCUGUGCCGCUACGUUACUUCUGACGCCGAGUGCCCGCCGCUCUCCGGCAGCAUAUUCCCAAGGCCCCCUCCGUCGCCGCCACCGCGCCCGCCGCCCGCCCCUCCGCGGCCGCCGCAGCCGCCGUCGCCGCCCCCGCGCCCCCCGAGGCCACCGACACCGCCACCCCAGCCUCCGCGCCCUCCCGCACCGCCUCGCCCGCCUUCACCGCCGCCACCGCGCCCACCUCCAACCGGGUCUGCUGGCUCAAAUGCGCCGCCGCUGCCACCGUUCGAUCCGCUGCCGCCCUUUGCAUUUGAGGUGGUCCCGAGCCCCCCAUCAGUGUCACCGCCCAAGCGGCAACAUGCCAAGCCGCCGCGGCACCAGCCGCCGCCGCUGCACCGCCCGCCGCCGCACCACCGCCUGCCGCCGCACCACCGCCCGCCCCCGCACCACCGUCCGCCGCCGCAUCAUCGCCCGCCGCCACAGCGUAGCGCGGCGCCCGGGCUCCGUGCACCGCCGCUCUACAACCAGCCGCCGUCGUACCUGCAGGAGGCUCCGCUUCAGCAGCCUCCGACCUAUGGAGGCCCCUACGGAGGCGGCUAUGGAGCCUAGGCUGUGUGACCCCUUCGUGUAGGUAUAUUGCGAGCUGAGGCUUCUGAACAUAUGAGCCAUACUGUAGCUUGAUGAAGCCGUCAACACACGGUAUGCAACUUGGAGCUGAAUCCCCGGCCGCAAUUGGCAGGGAGGUGAGCAUGGACGGUCUGAGGUAGGGACCACAAUCGCAUUCAUCAGCAACGCAGGUGUGGAUGUCAUAUAACAUGUGAGGAAACUCUAGAAAUUAAUAAAGCAUGAGCCCUAACACCGCCCGUUACGACUGGCGUUCCUCUGCUCGAAUGCGGACCUUCGCCGCAAAAAGGUCCCAGUAGCAGCGAUGUCCAGUUUCCAGGAGGCGUUUUUGUGAUAUUCAUAUAGACUGCCGACAUUAUUGUAACGAGCGUGCGAGACGUGCGAGCCUGUCAUGCCGGCAUUUUGGGGGCUUAUUUUUCUAGCUUCAUAGCUGUUUGUAAAGUUUGUACGCGUCACUAAAUGUUGUCGCACCUGGAGUUACUGCGAUGGGCCUCAAGACUUAAAGGGCUUGUGAACAGCGGUUUCGUGCGCCCUCGUCUGUGCAAUGCUCUCAAAAUGAAAGCUUGAAAACCUGAUGGCAAACUCUGUAGCGUUGGCGUGAGUUACGCCCUCCC